CGCAUCCAGUCACCUCUGUCCUUCCCUCGACCCGUUCAAACCUGAAGUGCGCCCCCGGCGACAACGCCGAUACUAUCAAUGGGCGCACAGAUCGUAUUGUUUUACACGCUGACCUCAGAUCCUUAGGACGACGCCUGAAUUAGAGGCGGACUGGGGUCACGCAGGAUUCCGGCUACUAUGAGGACGAUUUUUGUUAAGCUAGCUUCGUCUGUUGCUCUCGCGGGCAAAGCUUGCCAGCGCAUGCGCGCCAGGCACUCGCAGACAAGGCGGGUCAAAUAUGCUAGUCGACGAACCCGGCUCAAACCGAAUUCACAUCGGCACGCAGCACGAACUGCUCAUGUUGCAAUUGUCUACCAGGCCGACGAGGCAGCCCAGCACACAGCUUCGCUUGCCGUCAUCACGUACGCACUGACGAUGCGCGACAUGAACAGGCGUUGUGAAAGCCUGCAGGAGCUCUGGUUCAAGCGCGCGAUCAGCCGAAUAUGCGGCGCCUGGAUUGAGAAUUGAGACGCUCGGCUGGGCCGUCGAACAUCUCUCCGACCUCGAGCUGUGUCGGCGCGAAAUCACGAUGCACGAUGCAAACGGGGCC